UUUUUCUUCAACAUGUCCCUCCAACGGUCGGAGACCAACGUCGGAUUUAAGUAAUGGCGGAAUAACAGAGAAAUGUGAUAAAACCAUCCCUGCCGAAUCGGUGUAACAACAUUGUCCAAGUAAAAAUUUUUAAACAAGAUUCCUCAUAAUCGCAAACAAGAUCGCAAACACAGGAGUGUUACGCAAACGUCCCGUUGGUUACAAUCGAAAGAAUAAAAUCUCGAACGACUAUUAAAAUAUAUGCCUGUAUCUUCCUCUGUUAAUUGACGAAGAUAAAAUGCCAAGAUGAACGAUAAAUUUGUUAGAGUUUAGGUUGAAACGGACGAGCCUCGAAGUCUGGAUUUAUUCUUUAUAUAUCACAUUUUUUACUUGUAUGUGCGAUGUGCACGUGUGCUACUUGACGUGUUAAAUAAUAAUUGCAACAUGCCACAAAUAUCAAUACAUCGGAAAGCUAAGAGAGCCACCGUGCUCACCAAACGAACACAGUUUCUGAAGAAAUAUCGCAACGAACGAUCGUACAGACCAUUAUAUGAAAAGUUAAAGAACAACAACAGCUACCUGGCCAAGGCACUUUCGCAAGAGAAGCAGAACUGUCAGUCAUUGUUCUCACAAAAUCUCGCUCUGAUCGCAGAAGUGCAAGAGUUACGUUUAGCGUGUACAGCGCGAGAUAAUGUGAUUUCUAAUGUACUGAGUAACGCCAAAGAAACAUUGAAAAUGUUGGUCACUAUGUCCGGUUAUAUGACAAAUUCUAUUUCCAUAUGUCAGGAAUUUGCUGCUUCCAAUACUAAUUUGAGACUGUCAUCUUCUUCGGCGGGAAGAAAAGAAUCCAACAGAAGGCUGUCGACCAAAUCGCCAGCUAAAGGUGUGGUAAAGCCUAUGGUGAGUGGGCAUACUAUUACGAAACCUACGAUUAACUUGAGCCGAGUUAACAUGCAAAAUAUUAAUAACCCGUCGAGGCUAAGCGACAUACAGGAAAUACCCACACCUGAGAGAAGCCAGGAUAUCAAUGAGGCCAGAUCACCAAUUGCUGUUUCCAUUCCUAUCACACAGCUACACAGAUAUGAAAAUGGCCGUGCAUGCAGGUUGCCAGAAAGAAUAACAGUUCCCUCGCCUAGAGUUAACAAGGAUAGUGAACAAAGAUUGAAAAAAAGGAAGAAUCGUUCGAAGAGAUUGUCAGGAUCAUUUUCACGAACGAAACCGAGCAGAUGGUCCGGCGAAACUACACGAAGUACGGAAUAUGCUAAUCAAUUGAGUAGUCCCACAGUGAAGCUUAAUGAUGUUUCCAAAUUACUGCAAAAUGCUCAAAGUAUUAAUAUAAAGACGCUGAUUGAUGACAAUAAGAUCGAUGAUGUUGAAAUGCAUGAGAGUAGCGAUGACGAGCCUCACGAUGCGUUGGACAGAAAUAUCGUGAUACCCGAGACGCAAUUGUCCAUCCAUUUAGACGAGGUGGAUGAAGUGUAUGCGAAACAUCCUCACGCACAAACGAAGGAAAAGAAUCCACGAAAGGAUUGGAGCAGGAGUUCGAACGUGGCGGAAAAUUCGAGACUGUCGCAGAACAACGCGGAGGCUUGGCAAGAUCCGCUGGAAGGCCCGAGCUGGUUGCUGGACAAUGUAGAAUCGGAUGGUAACGAGCAGGAUCUGGACGUUGCCGGUGUGAACAACCGUGUAUCUCAGCGCAGUUCAAAGGUAACGACAACGUAUAGCGACGAUUCGAGCGACAGUGAAGAUACAGAGGACGAGUCACCACCACCACCACCACUGCCAGACUCGACCGAUGCAGAAGUUCUGAACGGAGACUCAAUUAUUGCUGAUCGCGCGAGGAACGAUCAUUCUCCCGACGGCAACGCUAUGGACGAUACUUUCUACGGCGAUGUGUUUACAGGGCCCACUCGCGAUAGAAAUUUCAACAUGAUCGAGGAAGAAGACGAUGGUACGACGAACUUGGCGCGUUUCAUCACAAUGAGACGCGGCAAUUCUUCGGUUGUGGAGGAGACAGAGGACUUCACGCUGAUGAUGCAGCGUCAACCGAUGCGAAAUCUGAAAUUCGAUAUCAGCGAGCUACGUUUACCCGUCUUGGAGGGGUCAGUGAUCAACCCUACUGUCGGCAACGACAUCGAAAGUGAAGUGACCACUGCGAUACAGAGAAUAACGAACUUUCGGAUACCGUCUAUGUCGAAUCAGAGCGCGAACGAGUCGGAGAUCGAGCCGACCACCAUGAUCAAGGUGCCACUGGCCCUAAUUGACGAUCACGAUGGUGCAUCGACACUAGAGAGGGGUAAGCAUUCGAGUCAAAAGAAAAGAAAGUCAAAGUCGUCCAGCCCGAGAGACAACGUGAAUCACGACACUGAAAACGGUGCGACGGUAGUGAAAAAGACGAAGCAGAAGAAAGUGAGGAACAGACAGGACCCGAGCGCGGCGAAGGUUGUUUUAGAGAAGCUCAACGAAUCUAGCGUCAAGGCAUCGCCCGACGACACGAUAUACCGAGGCAUUAACAGUGACUCAAGCGACGUUGCGUCCAACCAGGAGGGAAACACGGGAGACUCUAACAGCGAGAACUGCGCUUCCGGUCGACCUAGACGAAGAAGGGCGAUGAUAAAUUUCAAAGAACCCAGUUUGCACAAGAAAUUGAGGCGGAAUAUUUAGGAAAACUUUAUACGAAGUAUAAACGACUCACGAAAAAAAAGUGAAUAUUUUUCAUUUCUAAUAACAUUAGAUACGAUUUUCCUUUAUAUAUAUAUAUACUUUCAUUAACACUAAUACGAAUGACUACGCAACCUGUACGGAUUAUUCGCAUAUAGUUGUAAGACGUUAAGAUCAACAGUGUUUUUUAUAAUUAGUUGCUUUCGGUUGUAUAUUCGAUUCAAUUAUCCUGAUGGUUUUCUCUCAGGAAGGAUAUAUCGAAUGUUCCGCCGCCUUGAUAGGCUACUUCCGUAGACAGAUCAUGUGUCAUGACUGGCUUUCGUAUCGCUAGCUUCCGGUCAUCAAUACAUACUCGUACAAAUCUUGGCCGGAAAUAUCUUCCUUCGACAGUAUUGUUUGUAUUAUAUCAUUUUGUAUUCCACCAGAACUAUAUAUUUCAAUAAACUUGGCUGGUGAACUUGUGGA